AUGGUUCAGCAAAUUAAAAUGCAACCGCCAGCGGAGUGCCUCUUCUAUUCACCGCUCAGGCAAAUCUUGAUGGGCGCCGCAGCAGGAAAGGACGUCGGAGACUUUACAUCUUCUGCUGGGACAACACGAGCAGAGGACCGGCUCGCCGUCGCUGAGCAUGUCAUCGUCGAGUUCGGGCGUCGCCGGAUGAGCGGCGAUCGCAACACCCUUGGUAUAUGGGACGCACAAGCGACCUGCACCAACAAAAGCCUCCUCGCCGCGGUAGACGAGAUCGUUUUCCUCAAGGAGAUGCAAGCGUUCCCCAUGGCCACUGCAGCUGGCCGCCGCAUGGAUGGUGCCCUGCGCGCCGCCAUGUCGCACCUCAUGGAGGAGCUCCUCAGUCUCAGAGUCUGGGAAGGGUCCCAGCUGGAAGGCAGGAGAGGCCUUUGCUUCGCCAUCGAGAAGCUCUCCAUCUCCAUGACCAUGACAGCAGGUGUGUCGUCACCGGCUCUUGUCUUCCUAACCGACAGCAGCACAGCCAGCACGGUGAGAACCAACACAGGGGAGGUGAGCUUCAGCACCAUCGAUGAGCUGUGCACGUCCGGCGGGAGCCAGCCAGCUGGGCCUGAUGACUUCUUGGACGGGAAGUUCCCGGGCGAGCUCGAUCUGAUCUGCCCAGGAAGCUUGUCUGUCCUCCAUGAUAUCUCACUACGGGUCAUCCGUGCCGGCUACACCAAAGAGCUUCUCCAGACGUUCACCAUCGCUCCCUGCGACGUUUUAGACAGGUUCCUGUCGAUUCUCCAAGUGGGAUGCUCUCUGGAGACCAAUGAGGCAAUCAGUUACGAGAAUGCCGAGUGGUGGACAGCGGAGGACAUGAUCAGGCGGUGGAUCUUGGCGACUAAGCUGGUGGGGAAGGCCCUUGUUGCCAUGCAAAUGCAGCUCUACGCACAGAGCAACGGCGCAUUUGACAGGUUCAAGGACGAAUACCUGAUGGCCAUUGCAAAGCGGAGUACUUUCAUCCUGCUCAGAUUUGCGGAUGGGUUCACCAGCACGCACUCAGUAGAGAAGCUCAUAUAUGUCUUAGAAAUGUACGAGGUCCUUGGCAGUGCUGUCCCAAGUCUCAUUCAGGUGUUCACCGGGCAACGCAAGGAGCUCAUCUCCAGGCAGGUCGAGGUAGUCCUUGCCAAGCUGGCACGCGCGUUGAAGGUCAUGGUCAGCAGUCUCAUCACCAAGAUCCGAACUGGCAUUAGCUCAGGAACGCAUACCACGACACGAGGUGUCGGCGCUGGCAUCCAUCCGCUGACGCGGUAUACCAUGGCCUACGUGGAGUCAUUGGCACCGCACUGUGGUGCUCUGGAUCUGAUCUUCAAGAGCAAGAGCGGAGGCACCUGCAGUGCUGAGGGCAUUGACUCGUUCGAUGACCUCGUCUCCGAGUUAAUCACGUCCUUGGAAACAAACCUUGAGGAGAUAUCCGCUCUCCGCGGCACCCAAGGAGGAGGUAUGCAGCACCUCUUCCUAGCUAACAAUACCAGCUAUGUGCUUCAGCAUGCUGCCAGCUUGCUCAGGGGAGACAAGUGGGUCGCGCGGUGCCAGGGUCGAGUCAUGCAGCACAUGACAGAUUACAUAGAGGCUUCCUGGGCGCCAGUGGUGGCUUGCCUCGAAGCCACAGGCACCGGCAAGCCCACUGUGAAGAUCCUGGCCAAGUUCAACUCCACUCUCGAGAAAGCAUAA